UUCUUUCGCAUGAAAACGGUUUGGCCAACUGCUUCGUGUAUCAUCUGCUCCUUGCCAAACAUUCAGUCAGUUCAAUUUAAGUCAACGAAUAGGGUCUACCAUUUAAAAAUAUUCUUCAUCCUUAAAGAGAAUUAAAAUUUUUUUGUGAAUAAAGAAAGGCAGAAGAUACACAAGUGUAAAAUUAUUUAAAUUUUUCAAAUUUGAAUAAAAAAGAAGAAAAAAAAACCGCCUUAAUUCGUGAUCAUCAACAAAUGAAAAAUUAAAAUAACAACCAUCAACACAUUCGGAAGUUUUAAAAAUAUAAUUAUCUGUGAUUUUUAUAAAUAAUUAAAAAAAAAAUAAUAAGUUUUAAGAAAAAAAAAAGUAAAAUAAAAUAAAAAGGAAACACAAAAAAAAAGUUCCGCGUUCUUUAUUCACACAUCUUCAAGGUCGUCGGCGGAUUUAAUUUUUUUUAAAUGGAAAUCAUUCCUGAAGGUAAACACUUCCGAUUGGUGCAAGAAUCAGAGCUUCCAGAAAUUUUGGAGUAUUUGGAAAGAUUUCUACCGGAAUCAUUAAAGUUUCAUCAAACAAUUAAAACGUACCUGAAUGAUCGAGUUUGGGAUUUCCAAUUUUACGUUUCCAAAGAUUGGCCAGAAAAACCAAUAAUUUUACAUUUCCCAGGAUGCACGCUAACGCCCAACAACAAUAUUUAUCAAAGUUUUGGAAUCUUUUGUCCAUCGAGCCACAUAGAAUGUGUAGAUUUGAUGCGCACCGAAGAUGUGCUAAUAGAUUGGCAAAUGCCAUUGUACCUGAAUUUUACGCACAUAGAUAUUAUGAAUCGCCUGGAUGAUUUUUAUUCGAAAUUUGGCUUAAUGGAACGACUGGAAGGCGAUAUAUAUGUUUGUAAAGAAUUAAAUACUGAAUUGGAGUUGGAAGACUUACCGUCUGAUGAGGCUGAAAUGCGUCCACUUACUGUGGAUGAUGUUAAAGGUAUACAUGACCUGUAUCCGGCCAGUGAGAUUGAGUGUGUUGAAGUGUUUGAGAUAUUAGUGCGAGUGCUACCCGGAUUAGGAAUAUUUAGAAAAGAUACAAAUGAGCUGGCUGCUUGGAUGGUUCAUUCUUAUUAUGGUGCAAUGUUUUCAAUGCAGACACGUCCAGAUUAUCGACGGAAGGGUUAUGGCAUCCGUCUUGCUAGAACUCUUACAAAACUUGUCAUCGAACGUGGCUACACACCAUUUGUGGUCAUUCGUCCAGAAAACGAUGCUUCCCGCAAUCUCUACACAAAGCUUGGCUUUGUUAAAGCCUUCGAAACGUGCCGUGUUAAAAUGACACCAUACGAAACUAAUGGCAAGUCUCUGGACUCUGAUGAAAAUCAAGUUGACGAUGAAGGUAUCGAAGAUAUGCUAGCUGAAAAGUGUGAUAUCAGCAACGAAAAGGGAUCAAAGGAGAAAGUUACUGACGAAGGAAUUGAAGAAGAUAAAUAAGUUUUUUUUUUUUAAUUAAUUUUUUAUUAUUUUUCGAAUUAUUUUUUUCUUCUGAUUUUUCAUAUAAAAAACAAAUAAAAAAAAUAUAUAAAAAAAAUUGUUUAAGCUAUCAAAAAGACAAAAAAUGAAAAAAGAAAACUUUUUUUUCGAACAAAAUAAAACAAAACAAAAAACAACACACUUUUUUGAUUAUUUAAACAACAAAAAAAAAAAAAGAAAAUAUAUAUAUUUUAAUAUGCUAAAAAUUGCUUUUACAAAAACAAGACAAAAAAAAAAGAAAAAACAAAAAAAAAUAUCUUCUCUACCUUUUUUUGUGAAUCCUUCCAGAAUAAAUUUACAUACAUACUUAUAUACAGAAGAAUUACCUACUUAAAAACAAAAAUAACAACAAAAAAAUGUUAAACAACAAAAAAAACCAAAUAUCGCUUAAGUUUUGAAUUAUAUAAAAUCAACGAGCACAAAGAAAAUCUUUCCAUCAAAAUUUAAGCGGCUCACUUACAGCCAUGAAAAACCAAAAAAAAAAAAAAUGAAAAUUAAUAAAUCAGUUUUUUCUAAAAGU